GAUUUCAGUGCAUCAGGGUAAAACCUGGUGAGAGUUUUUGUUCUUUUCUUUGUUUGUUUUGCAUUUUGAUCAAAAUGAGGAAAAAACCUGAUGCAGCUUCUAAGGUUCAUGAGACUAAAGCCAGUGGGCCCAGGACUGGGUACAAAGAAGAGUGCGGAGCAGACUGGAGAGAGAGGCCCCCUGCGUGGGAAGAUUAAAGUCAUGCGCAAAGGCACCAGAUAUUUACCUGCUCCAGGUCCUGAGCAGCCCCAGUGUGAGGAAGAACCUGCAAUGGAUUCCCCAGGCCCGGCUGGAAGUUUCUACAAUUCCCCAGUGAUGUUCCCCAGUAGCAAUGAAGAGGUUAAUGCAGGUCCGGAUUUGUUCUGCAUAUUCCAUGGCAAGCGGUACACCCCGGGAGAGAGCUGGCACCCCUACCUCGAGCCACAGGGAGUCGUGUAUUGUAUCCGCUGCACCUGCACUGAGGGCGGCAGUGUAAACUGUUACAGAAUAAAGUGUCCAGUCCUGCACUGUGUCCAUACUGUGACUGACCCACAUCAGUGCUGCCCACGAUGUUUAGAGCCGCACUCUCCUUCUGGGCUCCGGGCGCCUGUGAAGUUCUGCCAACACAACGGGACGAUCUAUCAGCAGGGCGAGAUGUUCACCACUCACGAGCUGUUCCCGGCACGGCAAUCUAACCAGUGUGUGCAGUGCAGCUGCUCGGAUGGACAAAUCUACUGUGGCUUGGUGACCUGCCAGGAGCUGGUGUGUUCCUCUACUCUGACUGUCCCUGAUUCCUGUUGCCCCAUUUGCAGAGACAGUUCAUUUGAAAGGUCAGUGGAAGAGGAGCCACUGCAGUUACACAGAGGUGUGAGACACUCCCAUGAGCAAUGUGUGAGCGACCCAAUGAGCAAGAAGUCUUUGGGGGCCACUGCAUCGACCAUCAUCAGCCCAUCCCUCGGGUUCAACCCAAGGAGCUUCAAGCAGAAAGGAGGAGGGGGUGGCACAACAGUGAAGAUUCUAAUGAAAGAGAAACACAAAAAAGCUUGUGUUUAUAAUGGAAAAACAUAUUCCCACGGGGAGGUUUGGAAUCCCGUUUUCCGAACCUUUGGGGCAAUUCCCUGUAUUCUGUGCUCAUGUAAAGAUGGAAACCAGGAUUGUCAGAGGGUGAUCUGUCCCGAGGAAUAUCCCUGUGAAUAUCCCGAGAAGGUGGAAGGAAAAUGCUGUAAAAUAUGCCAAGAUGACAAGGUGAGUCCCACAGAGGAGGUCAGUAGCAGUAGGUGUGUGCGGAACCCCAACAAGAUAUUAGUCUACAUGUACAUGUCGUCCAGCAGUGGGGGUCAGAGGGAGAGUGUAAGGAAGAUUGCCAUUGAGAAAGAAGCAUCAGACGACGUUGAGAUCUAUGUCUGGAAAAUGGUUAAAGGAAUCUUCCACCUGAUCCAGAUUAAAAAAAUGGCAAAGCAAGACUUCAAGCAAGAGGCAGAACAUUUCAGGCUGGUCACCAGAACAAGUGAAGGUCAGUGGAAUAUCUUCCGGCCCCAGCCCCCUGACCUAAACAUGACGGAGGGUCCCGAAAGAGAAGUAGAGAAUUUGUAAUGAGUGAUGUCUGUGACCUAAAGCCAAUGUUAUGGAGCUGACAUGAUGAGUUGAGAACUGCAAAGUCCAAAGCAAAACCAUAUUCAACAUGCACAAUGUAGGGAACCUGGAGAAGGCUUGGAACAGUCCAAGAGCUGAACGAUGCACUUUGGAAGAUUUCAUUGCCUUUUGCAGAUAAAGAGAAUCUCCUGUGGGGAAUGAAGACUUAUUGUAAAGCCAACACCCCGCACCCCCCAAAUUGUCUUCUAAGGGAAAGCUCCGUACUUCACAUUUUUUUAAUCAAAUUGAAUGCCAUUAUGAACUAUACUUUAUGCUUGCUUCAUUGGAUAAACAUUGUCUAACGGACGCGGUUGGGUGGCCAGGCCUAUCAUGGAUCCAGAGCUGGUUUAAUGAGCAGGACUGAUUGGGGUCUCUUGGUGAGAAAAAAAAUAAUUGGUAAAACUAUAAUGAAAAUUUGGUAUGAAAUACUGGUAAUUUGUAUAAUAAUGCCAUGAUCUGCCAGCAUGGUGGCCUAGAUAGUUGGCCGAUGUGCAGUGUUGUCCAAUGCCUGCAAUUACCCAGAAUAUUGUGUGAGUGUGUGUGGUCAGAUAACAUAACAAUUCUCUCCUACAAUUAAAUGUAACCUUUAUAAAGGGCCACAUCUAACCCCACGGCCUCCAGUUGUAUCUCUCUGUAAUAACACAGAUAACUGUAUUAGAGAUCUCCAGCCCUCUACCUUUAAGCCACAGUCAAACUGCAACCCCAGUUAUUUCUGGGAAAAGAAGUUUGGAAUCCCAGAGCAUGAGUAAACCAUUAAAAUAAGUGAAUGUAAAAUUGAUUUUUUUAUCAUUCCAAGAUAUUAAGGGAUACAUGUAGUGUU